AUGUCGACCUUACCCGCCAACGAGAAGUUGCCUGUGAGCAACGGGGAGGAGCUUCAUGACGCUCCAGCCCCAAUUCCGCUGUCAACAGAUGGUCCCGCUCCCGUGAACAGUCGACAUCCAUUCUUUCGAAGAACGCUCUUCCAGAUCCUGGUGGUUGGCAUAUGUGCCUUCUGUGCGCCGGGAAUAUGGAGCGCCAUGAACGGUCUAGGGGUUGGCGGAUCCCAAAGCCCAAACCUUGUGAACGCGGCCAACGCACUUCUCUACGCAUUCAUGACGGUGACGUGCUUCGCAGGUCCCUGGCUUACCAAUGCGAUCGGCUUCAGGUGGACGCUAGCCAUCGGAUCACUGGGAUACCCGCUGUACGCGGCGGGACUGUAUCUCAACAACCGCACUGGAGCCACUUGGCUGGUGUAUGUCGGUUCCACGACUUGUGGACUCAGUGCCGGUUUCUUCUGGAGCGUUGAAGGCGCCAUCGCCACGGGAUAUCCAGAGCAACAUAAAAGAGGACGGUACAUUGCCACAUGGUUCUCCUUCCGCAACUUCGGCAACAUCAUUGGCGGAGCAAUCUCACUGGCGAUCAAUCACAAAACCAACGUGCGAGGAAAGGUCGGCUAUGAGACCUACCAAGCAUUCAUCGCGAUCCAGUGCUUAGGCUUCUUCUUUGGCUUGUUGCUGUCCAACCCAGAAAAAGUCCAACGGGAUGAUGGAACCCGGAUCCAAGCACCCAGAGGUAUUGCAUGGCGCACCGAGCUCGCGCAUAUGUUGCGGUUGAUUCGAAGUAAGCCUAUCCUCCUUCUGACGCCAUUGUUCUGGUACUUCGGCUGGAUGCAAGCGUAUCCAGGCACGUACCUGGCAAGAUACUUCACAGUCAGGUCACGAGCGCUGGGAAGCUUCUUGUCAGCCGUUGUCGGCACUCUCGCGACCUGGCUAAGCGGUGUCCUGGUUGAUCUGCCAUGGACAAAGAGCCGAAAGACCCGCGCCAUCGCCACCUACAUCCUCAUCGCUGUGCUCAAUAGCGGCACCUGGAUUUGGGCAGUCUACAUUCAAAAUGAGUACCGGCACACAAACCCAGUGUUGGACUGGGCCGAUCAAUCUAGUUUCGGCCGUGGAUUUGGGUUGUAUAUGUUUGAGCGGCUCAGCCUUGGGAUGGUGGAGAAUUACAUAUAUUGGUGCAUUGGAAAUCUCUCCGACUCACCUGGCGACCAGAUCCGGUACAGCUCGCUGCUUCGAGGAAUUGAAACGGCUGGGGUCGCUGUCGGGUUUGGAGUUCAAGCUAUACCGACGGCUCUGAUUGCCACCGCAAGCAUCAACAUGGGCUUGUGGUAUUUGGCCCUGCCAUUCAGCUACUACGCAACGCUGCAGGUCGUCCGCAAGUUCGACAAGCUGGAAAAGAAGCAGCAGGAGGGGGCGGUCGACACAAUUCAAAAAGUCGAGGUCAAAUAG